AUGUUAAAUCGAAGUUAUUGUAGUCCAAAUAAAUUAUCACAGAAUUAUCAAUCGAAUGAUUCUGCUAAUGAAUACAAUCGUUGUAAACUACCAGCUAUUAAUAAUGGAACAAUACCAAUAGCUAAUAUGAAUUCAACAUUUACUAAAUCACCACUAACAGAUCAAUAUGCAACUCCAAUGAAAGAAAACAAUUCAACUUUUAACAAUAGUAAUUGUAAUACUGAAAAUAUAAAUAAUCGAUCAUCACAAGUUUUUUAUACACCAUCUGGACCAGCGGUCUCUAAUGCUUGUACACCUUCAUAUAACAAUGCUAAAAUAAAUUGUUCACCACGUAGUAUUGCUCCUUCUCAAACAUUUUCUUCAUCACGUUUACCUUCGAAAAUGUGCAAUAAUAAACAGCAAAUACCAAUGAAUCGAGCUUGGAAUUCGAAUAAGAUGAAUACAACAACUAUUGAUACAAAUAAAAAUUGUUUUCAACGACCAAUGACAUCAGGUCCGAAUGGUUUAAAUUGUUCUUCAUCGAAUGGGCAAAAAACGAUUGUACGUGAUCGAAAUUUAGCUACUGAAAUUCUUCAAAAAGCAGGUAUUACAUCGAAUUCAACGCCAAAUGAUUGUCUGGAAGUAAUUACGGAUACACCUGUGACAAUGAAUGAUAAUGUUAAUUGUGAUCCAAAUCCAUUAUGCAUGAAAAAAACAGCUGAUUGUCAAGAAUGUUAUGAGCAAUCAAUUGUUGUUCGACAUUUACAACCACCAAAACCACCUGUACCACCACCAAUUAUUAUUCGUGAACGUUGUGCUCCACAACCACCACCGCAACCACCAAUUGUUAUUCGACAAACUCCACCUCGACCUUUAACACCACCACCAUUAAUUAUUCGUGAAUGUCCACCGCCAAUGCCUGAUAGCCAAGAACCAACAAUAAUCGAACGUGAAGUUCCACCACCACCUCCACCACCUCGACAAGUUAUUGUCGAACGAUUACCUACACCACCACCGAAACCACGUCCGAUUAUUUUUGAAAAAUGGCUUCCAUAUGAAGAACCAGAAGAUCGACCAUGUAUUGUUGAAAAAGCUUGUGUUAAUGAAAUGCCUCCACCAAAAAAUGUUAUUAUUCAAUAUGAAGCACUUGAACCAAGAAUUCAACCACAAUGUAUCAAUGAAGGUAUAUCUUAUGUUGAUCCAAAACAAUUCAUUAAUGAUAGACCAAAUGGAAAUGCUGAAAUUUGUUAUGUUGAUCAACUUAAUAAUUUACCUGAUCAUAUCAAAUGUCAACUUAGUCCACAAACACUUGCUGCUAUUGGUAUUCAAAAUAAUAAUAAUAAUCCAUGCAUUGUUCGUACAAAUCCUAGUACUUUCUAUCAACAAAAUGGUCGUGUUCCAUGUAAUACAAUACCAUCGAUGCCACCUAAACAAUCAAUGAUAACAAAUGGUUGUCAGUCUACUAAACCAUCGUAUUCUCAACUAUGUAAUCCAAACAUAUGUCAUCAACAACAAUCUGAUAAUCGUGCUCUAUCAACUUCAGGUGCUGGUCUAUCGCAAUGUUACAAUAAAUAUAAUACAAAAAUGUUAACACGACCAGGCAAUCAAGCUUUAACUAAUUUAACUCGAGCACAUUAUAAUCCGUGGGCAACAACAUACCAAGUUUCAUAUACAAAUAAGGCACGAGGAAUGUGCCGUGCACGUUAA